UGCUGGAAAUUCCCUCUGUUCAAUCAUAGCAUAUAAGAACGUUUGUGCAGCGGUUCUGCACAGAGCGCCAGAGAUAGUCGCGACUCAUUGAACCGUAAAGCGUGGCUUAUUCCUGGACUUGAACAAAAUAUGUAGGCUCACCGGAAUUUGUUGGCGAGAGACAAACCGGAGCGGGGUUUCAAUGGGAAACCUGAUGGGCAGUUUGAGGUACAAGGAGCCAAGCACCAUAGAGGAAUGUGAUUCGACAUGGGAGACAGACUCGGAGAGCGACGAGCACCAGGGAGAGGAGGACAGCGGCAUCUCCGAGCACAUCAGCCCCUCGGAAUCGGGAAAAUGUGCGGAGUUGCCGGACGCCUCUCAGCAGUUGGUGGAGGAGACACUGGAGUCCUCUGCCAAGAUAAAGAGAAGCUUUUAUGCAGCCAAGGAUCUCUACAAGUACCGCCAUAGCUACCCGAACUAUAAAGAACCGCGGAGACCAAACGAGUAUCGCAAUUUGAGGUUCUACCUUAACAAGAUCCCCCUCGUCCCUGACGGCAUCUACGUGGAGGAAAUCCUCAAUAAGUGGCGCGGUGACUACGAGAAGCUGGAGCACAAUCACACAUACAUCCAGUGGCUGUUUCCGCUGAGAGAACAGGGGCUUAACUUCUUCGCUCAAGAACUCACUCAGGACGAGAUCAAGGAAUUCCAAAGCACACGGGAGGCCAAGCGACGUUUCCUGUUGGCUUACACCAUCAUGUUGGACUUUUUCGGGAUCAAGCUCCUGGAUAAAAAUGGGAAUGUGGAUCGGGCCGCGAACUGGCAGGACCGCUUCCAGCACCUGAACGAGUCUCAGCAUAACUACCUGCGUAUCACGCGUAUCCUGAAGAGCCUGGGCGAGCUGGGCUUCGAGGCCUUCAAGCCGCCGCUGGUGCGCCUCCUCCUGAAGGAGUCGCUGGUGGAGGGCACGCUGCCCAACAUGCGCCACAGUGCCCUCGAGUACUUCGUCUACACGCUGCGCGACCGUGCCCAGCGGCGGGCACUCCUGCGCUUUGCCCAGCGCCACUACCAGCCCCCCGAGAACUUCGUCUGGGGGCCCCCCAGGAGGAGGUGCCCGCCCGGGGCCUCAGCGACAGCAGCAGGGGCCACUGUGGUGGGGGCAGCCCCUGGAGGUGGGCCUGUGACGACCAGGGUCCGGUCACCCCCUCAGGAAGGGCCAGUCAGCGGUGGAGGAGGAGGCCGGGGAGGAGGCAACAGGGGUCAUCGUUCGCCCCCGAUAGCAGAGAGGGAGGAAGAUGAGGAAGAUGAGGAUGAUGAUGAGGAGGAGGAGGAAGAGGGGAGGCGAGGAAAGGAUGGAGGGAGAGCAGGAGGAGGGGGAGGUGGCGAGUCGAGGACACGAAAGGAGGGGAGAGGAGAUGGACGAGGGCUAGUGGUGGUGGACAGGGAGGAGUACAUCGAAACCAUCCCUCUCUGAGAGCGAAGCGAAGAGUCAGGGAAGCUAGAGAAAAUGCAGGAGAGAAUCAGAGAGAGAAAGAGAAAGAGAAAGAGAAAGAGAGGUGGAACGUAAGGGCUGAAACUCGAGAAUCAAAUGGUAGAAUCAAAUGGUGGACGAAGGGCAGAGGUUCAUUUGGGGACUCGUUGGGUUCGCCCACAGCAAUAUUCUUCUAAGCCUUGGCCUUCUGUGGACAGCUGUUCCAGACUCACUGGCAGGUCGCCAGACACUCCACAGAGACUUGCAAGAGUUAAUCCUCAUCUUCCUCCUCUGCUUUUUCUAAACGUCCUGUAGAUACUUUAUAUUUAACAAGAUGUAGCUUUUACUGCGGUUGUAGUCAAUCAUAAGCACAUAACUUAAAGGCUUAGGUACUGUACAUAUAUAAAAAGAAAUUGAGGAUCUUUGUGUGAUACAUUGCACCUUUGACUUGACUUCUCAGUCUUCCGUUUGUUGUGAAAUGUUAGUGGAGUAUUCUGUUCUUCCUCAUCUUUGGUUUUCUGUCGUAGCACAAGAGUUUCUACAGGGCUGUUCAGCUAAUCACAGGCCUUCACUGCCACACACAUACACACGCACACACACACACACACAGUGUCACUCCCUCUCUCUCUCUCUCCCUCAAUUACACACACACACACACACACACACAGUGUCACUCCUCUCUCUCUCUCUCUCUCUCUCUCAAUCACACACACACAAACACACAGGGCUUGAGAGUGCGGAAGCAUCUCAGGCAGCUGGUGGCCUGUGAUGUACAGCAGGGUCGAGCUUUCCUGAAGGCUCAUGCAUCUGCAACAAAGUUCCCUAAUACCCCCAGAGCAAAGCUACUCAGUAUGGAAAAUAGCUGUGCAACUCAUGAAGGAAUCAUAGGGCCUACAGAGCAACUGUAUCCAAUAGCAGCUUCUGGCUUGACAUAUCAGAGUCUCUAUGAUUGCAAUGUAACUUUGAGUUAUCCUAAACACAAAAGAGGAUAAGAAUGUUGCUAUGAUGGUGUGAAAGACCCAGUAUACAUCGAUAGGGUUCAGUUAGAUGAGGUUUUGCUCCUGCAGAUGCUGAAAUCUUUAGAAAGAUUGAAAGCAGAUCUGUUGUGUUUUGCAGGAAUUUUCAGGUAUAAAACAUAGUGUGUUAGGUACUUACUGCUGUUACGGCAUAUUUAUAUGCUUUUCAGUGUGUGUGUGUGUGUAUUCUCAACAAUGAAGUGCCUCUUUUUUAAGUGUGUGUGUUUGUGUGUGUAUGCCACUGGUUCCCCACCCACUGUAUGAAUAUACAUGCAAUGUUUAAAGUGUGUUCUUUGUUUCUUAUGUGAUUCAAAUAAGAGUAAUAUAUUGUGUAUCCACAUACACACACACACAGACACACACAUUUGCAUGCACACACACACCUAAAUGCAUAAAGCAUGCACACACACACAGAGAGAGAGGAGAGAGUGCACCGCAGUCUUCAGUUUCCCUGUUCCUGCCCCUAUACUACCCUUAUCUCUGCCUCCCCAUUGGUGGGAAUUACGAGCAGAGCAUUGCAUUUCAACUCAUCUGAUUCCUCUUCUUCUCUCCAUCUUUCUCUCCUCCCCCCUGCCCUCUCUCUCUCUCCCUCCCUCUCUCACUCUCUCUAUCUCAAUCUUUUGUUCGCCCAAAAGAAGGCACGCUGUGCUAGCUCAGAUUAAACAGUGGGGGGUUGAGUACACGAGGCUCUCUAUAUGUGGUGUAGAGGGUUUUACAGUCAGUACUGUGUGUGUGUGUGUAAAUAGAGAAAGCAGUCUUUUGGGUUUUGUAGAUACUUUAGUUAAGCGCUGCAAAGGGCAUUUCUGCCACCCAUGAUCUCGUUUUGUGUGUGUGUGCGCAUGGCCGUGUUUGUGCACGCUGUGUGUGUGUGUGUGCGUACUUGGCUGUGUGUGGGUGUGCACGCUGUGUGUGUGUUUGUGUGCGAGGUAACAGCAGAUGAAAGUUUGAUGUGGCAGACAUGGCAUUGCGGAAACUGCCUCUUGCACUGGUAGUAGGUAUUAUUAUGUAGAAUGCUGCCACUACUUGCUUAUCUCUCCAAACCAUGCCUUCACAAACACACACUCUCUCUCACUUACACACACACACACACACAGACACAAAGACAAACACAUAUUUACACACCUAAACACACACACACACACUCAGAUAGAGAAAAUAUAAUUACACA